CGUGAAUCUUGUUGGAGCCUCUUCGGAGGUAGGAGUUUCUGUGAAUCAGUAGCAGCGAAAAGCAACUUAUGAGCCAGUAUGGUGACGGUAGGAUUGAAGUUGUCAGGUUUCCCUUGUUUAUCGAAUAGUUCUGUUAGUACGAUAGUUGUUCGCUUUGGGUCAAUCCCGCACUGAUUUACUUUAAUGGUUCUGAUUUUGUCGAGGUUGUAGCCGACGUCGAGGGUGAGCUUGGUGAGUUAGCUGCUUGAGUUUUUGGGACUGACCCCGUUCAGGGCCACACUGUUGGGUUACUAGCUGCCCUGGUUGACAACGAGUACCACUCUGAUAUGGAGCUCCUUCACGUCCUGAAGAGUGAGAGGCGUUCACAAAGAGCGGGCGCUGAGGAAAGGGCGACUCAGAGGGUGCCCCGUCGCAGACUUGGCACGAUUUCCUGUGAGCAUUCCCCUUCUUAUGUUCAGGGUGAUUCGUCUGUGGGCGAUCAGGGAAACCAUCAGAGGAGGAGAGUUGUCCUGGAGUCAGAGGAGGAGGGAUCCCGAGGUCGCGGUAGAUUGCUUAUUUCUGAUACGAUAGAGGGUAGUAGUGUCAGGAUCGGAGAAGUUAUGGGGGAGGCACCUGGUGUUGCUGCUAUUGCUGAAGGUAGCACGGUAGGUUCAGUUCAGUCUCGCACCGUGAAGAUCCGGUCGAAGGCAGGUGCUGGAUCCCUUGUUCGGAGCCCACGAGACCCAUGGGUGGUUCAACUGGAUCAUUUCCACCGUUAGCGCCAUUCUUCAUGGCCGCCCAGGCAGAUCCUUCGUCAGUUUUCCAGGCGGUUCAGACUGGAUGGGGGAGAGAUUUGAUGGAGAGCAGGGACGCUAUUGAUGCUUCCAUCGUGACAUCUGCCAUGAAUUUGUUGCAGGGAGUGGCCUCUUCUCGGGUUUUGGAGGCUCGUGCAUCACAAGAUACACCUGUUCGGGACGAUGUCACGCUGGAAGAGCAGUGGAUUCGAGUUCGAAAGGCUCGGAUCCAGGAGCUAGAAACUCAGCUGCUGUCUCUGCAUCGCCAGAUGGAGCAAGAGAGGAGCGGUCGCGCACAGGACCAGGCUGCCUUAGCGGAGAUGAAGUUGCUCUUGAGACGGGAGCAAGAGAAAGUUGUGGAGGCGAGAGAGUCCCUUGCUCGAGAGAGAGCUCGUGCUCGCCGGCUGGAGCAACAAGUGGCGCGACAUGGUGAGUUCAUGUCCACAGCAGCGACUCAGUUCUUUCAGUUGGUCAUGGAUGUUCUCCGUGACUACUACCCGAUGGUUCACUUGAAUGAGAACUUCAUUCGAACUGAGGUUACGCGGCGGUGGGGAGAUGAUGGCGAGCUCUUCUGGCUGAGCAGGAGUCCUUCAGGUUGAGUGACCUCCGUUAGGCCAACCGUUGAUCAUGGGGUCUCAUUCCUCUUGGUUUCUCGUUCUUCUUGUGUACUUUUCUCUUUCUCGUUUGUUUUGUUGUAAACUCAAGUUUUAGCUAAGAUCUAAAAUCUUUCAUAAUUAGAGAUGUUACA